GUGUCAUUAAGGCUCACAGGGACAAACCAGCUGACCCUUGGUUGGGGUGCCCUUGAACUUGUGGCAACACAAGUGUCCAGGGCGAGACCUGGACGGUCAUCCACUGGCCAGAGGGCUCCUCAUGGCAGGGCCAGCAGUUGGUGUAUUUUACAGAUGGCAUGGAAAGGUGGACUACUCAGCGAGCUGGUCCAGGGCCUCUGACAAAGCUUCUAGUGCUCUCCUUGUCACAGGCAGGAGCCUCCAAUCACAAGCAAGGCAGAAAGUGGGUCUUUGUUUUUCUAGAGACCCUACGUUGGAGAUCCCAUUCUGUACUUGGUGGAAAUUAGUAUCUUUCAAUGAAUAAUUCCCUGUCCUUUUCUGCUAAAACUAAGUGGGGGUGGAGAGUGGGUGUAUUCAGUGCUUGGGUUUAUUCACCUUGGUGUGGGACAGGGGGAUCUGGACCCCCAUCACCCCAUCAUUGUCCACCCUCCCAUUCCCCCAGGCGCAGAACUGCUGUGGUGUCAUCGCCCAAACCUAUGUGGAGACCCUGCCAGUCCUGGGCCCCUCUGGGACAUUAGGGUGCAGGGGGGCGGCUCUCACAGUUGCCUGGACUCCCCUGCAGCUGUUUGUUCUCAGCUCUUUGACUCCCCACGGUAACAGGGGUUCUGCUGUCCCACAUCCCCUGGCUGGGCAGGGGACAGCCCUGCAGGGUGGGAGAGCCUUCUCAGGGACCAGUGAGUCCCAGCAGGACACUUUGCAGUGACUCAUCAGUCUUUCUUUGCCCGGUGCCCUUCAGGGUCUUGGACUUUGAAACUCAAAACCUUUCCCCCAUUUCUGCUGUAAAUCCUGUCCCUGCGGAAUUGACUGCUCCAGCAUACAGCUGCCCAGGUAGGGAAAGAGUUACAGGGGAUCAGGAACUAGCAGGGCCAGGAGUGGGGAGGGGGAAAGUACCCCCAGCUACUCUUUCAGGAUAAUAUCCUGCUGCUUCAUACUGAAUCCUCACAACACUGAAGCUCGGAGGGGUGAAGUGACUAGAAGUAUUAGAGUUGUGACCACAAGAGCAGACUUGAGGAGGCACAGUCUGGCCAGGAAGCAGAGGCAAACUCAAAGGGAAGGGAAUGAUUGAUGGGCUGGGGGUGGAUGGGAUGAGGAAGCACCAGGGACCAGCAAAUAGCAAGAAGUCAAGAAGCUGUUAGCGCCCUAGGGUGUUGGCUGAGCCUGGAGAAGCCCAGAGCGCUGGAAAAGAGGAGCAGAAUGGAUCCCAGGAGGGAGCAGGAGGAGGAAAACCCAGUUCUUCCUUCCUCUAAGCCUCCCUUCUCUUGCCAAUGCCUCCCGCUGUGGAAGCCAGAAGUCACGGGAGCCUGGCAGUGGUGCACUGCGGUUGGCUCCCACAGGUUUGUGAGUGCCAACUGUUAAAUUUCUAGAAUUUUGUGGACCACUUGUUAAACACAGCCAUUGUUAAAAAUUAAUUAUAGAAGCUUACAAUUAAUUAUACAAAAAGAACAAACACAUAUUCAAAACGUAUCACUUCCUCAGUAUUUCACUGCAUUUUCCUAUGAUCUGUUCUUGAAGUUAUGAAUGAGUAGUGUGCCUGCCCUAUAGAAAUGCCAUUUGAUGUGUACUACCCUACUCAACAUUCACUGACAUCGUGUUGGUAGCUUGAGUAUUUACAACACAGAAAUCAGCCAAUGACUUGUUUUUGUGGAUUUCAUGUUUUGUUGAUUGUCUAGCCUUUAAAAGCAGUGGAGAGUAUGUUAAUAGUGCAGAUUAAAUUUAGUGGUAUGUUGUGUCUGUAGCUAUUGAAUUCUGAAUAGCACAAAAACUUGAGGAAAUGUUUGUCCGGUGUCUCAAAUCUUGUAUCCAGAUCAGGAAAGAAGUUGCUUCAUGGCUGGGUGUGGUGGCUGCUUACACUCGUAAUACCAAGACUUUGGGAGGCCAAGGCAUGCAGAGCACUUGAGCUCAGGAGUUCCAGAUCAGCCUGGACAACAUGGCAAAACCCCCUCUCUACAAAAAAUACAAAAAUUAACUGGGCAUGGUGGCAUGCACCUGUAAUCCCACCUACUCAGGAGGCUGAAGUGAGAGGAUUCCUUGAGCCCAGGAGAUCGAGCCUUUGGUGAGCCGUGAUUGAGCCGUUGCACUCCAGCCUGGGUAACAGAGUGAGAUCCUGUCUUCACAAAAUUUAAAAAUACAAAAAAAAUUUAAAAAGAAGUUACAUCAUGAUGAAGAAUAAAUGAAGUUUCUCAGUUAUUUCACCUUUUUCUUGCUAAGGCUGAACGCCUUAGGGACCAUCAACCCCAGGUGGUGUCGUUUCCAGUGAAAACCGAACUCCGCGAUGUAGCCGGACUGGAGAGAAGAGAGUGACGUGCGCCCCCUUCCUGCGGUGGGUGGAUGAAAGAUCCUUGGCCUUUCGGGGCCCAGAACGCUACGGAAGCCCGGCGGCCAGGAGGGGUUGGGCUCCCGCUCCAUAGCGGCCCCCGGCCAGCACGCCGCCAGGCAGAGGAGGCGCCCGGAGCUCAGAGCGCGCAGAGUCCGGCCACUGGGCCGCUGUCUGACCCAGGAAGCGCAGAGCGAGCUCUCACUCCGUCUUCAUGGAUUCCCAGCCCAGCUGCGUGGUGGUGACCGGAGCUGUCCGAGCUGGGCCUGGGGAAUGACACAGUGGUGCAGCUGCGGACUCUGGAGCUGCCUGUAGAUUACAGGGAGGCUAAGCGGAGGGUCACCGGAAUCUGGGAAGAUCAUCAGCUGCAACUCGUCGUGCAUGUGGGCAUGGACACCGCCGCCAAGGCGAUCAUUCUGGAACAGUCUGGCAAGAACCAAGGCUACCGGGACGCCGACAUCCGGGGCUUCCGGCCGGAGGGCGGCGUGUGCCUACCUGGCGGCCCAGACGUGCUGGAGUCAGGGGUCUGCAUGAAGGCAGUCUGCAAGCGCGUAGCUGUGGAGGGUGUCGAGGUGAUCUUUUCCCGAGAUGCAGGCAGAUACGUCUGUGAUUAUACCUAUUAUCUCUCUCUGCAUCAUGGAAAGGGCUGCGCCGCACUCAUUCAUGUCCCUCCACUAUCGUGCGGGCUCCCGGCUAGCCUGCUGGGAAGAGUCUUGCAAGUCAUCAUCCAGGAAAUGCUGGAAGAGGUGGGAAAGCCCAAGCACAAAGCCCCGUUCGAAGAAAACUCAACCAUGGCCCUUCCAGCCAAAGGGAACUGACCGGAGGAUUGCUCCUUUAGAGAAAAUUAAAUGUUUCAAUCCUAUGUGUAGCAUUCAGCCGUGCAUUGAGAAACUUUUUCAGAAAUUGCUUGUAAGACAAAGAGGGUGGAAAACUGAAUUAGCCCAACAAAAUCGCAAAGGGUUAUUUUAUUGUCGGGAGAAAGAACACUCUGAAAGGUGGACAUUUCACAGGGGAUGAACUAGCUUCAGUUAGGGUUUUCGUGACAAUAAAAUGAAAUCCGAGUCAUCGGUUUUCUUCCAAAAAU